AUGGGACAGGCCGGGGAAGCCGGAGCAGACGGCGCGCCUAGCCGGGAACGCCGACAGGGUCGCGGUAAGGCCCACAGCGCCAGGCCAGUCUUGGAGCCCUCCACUUCGGGAAGCCACGGGACCCCUGGUGGCCGCCAGAAGCCCAUCGCAGAGCGGAACGGCGGCUGCAGACGGCCAGGGGCUGGGCCGCCCGCGGAGGCCCAGCGGGGACUAGGGCGCGCGCGGUGUCGGGGACCCAGGUCUAAGCACCGGGACGGCCGUGGCGGGCGCCUGGAGGAAGAGAGUCUCCCCGGAGAAGGGAGGACCGGCGAGCUCUGCCGCCGCAGGAAGAGAGGAAAAGGGCGGAGACACCCGGCUCGGCACGGCUGCCGAGAGACCCGGCGCCUCGAUGGGGACGCGUCAGGUGGAGACGGGGGCAGCUCUUGCCAGGAUAGCGAAGCCCGCGAGGCCCAGGAGAGCGACAGCCAGAGCAGUGGAGCCCCGGAGCUGCGGCCCAAGCCGGAGCAAACGGACACGGGCUCGGGAGACCCCCAAACUGGGUCGGAGCCAGCGCUGGAAGCCGGCGAGCGCCCCAGCAGCGACGGUCUGAGCAGCGACGGCGGGGACAGCCCUGAGCCCCGGAGCCGGGAAGGGUCGUCGGGGGUGGGACCCCGGGGAGAGAGCGAGGAUUCCGGGACAGGCACGGAGUCGAGCCUGGAGGGGGCCGGGCGGGGAGGGGGCCCAAGGGCAGCCCCAGGAACUGCGAGCCGGGCCACUGAAGGGAGCUCGCGGGCUUCCGGGGACCCCAGGCCGGCCCGGGACUCAGACAAUGAGGCGCGGUCGGAGGCUGAGCCGCAGGGCGACGAGCCUGGAAGAGCCUCGGCCUCGGCCGCCGGGACUCGGCGCCGCCAGGACGGAAAGCUGGUGGGGAAAGUGCAAGUGGCGGCGGGCGAGAGCGAAUCUGGGGCUGGAGAGGGGGACGGGCCCGGAAACCCAGCGCCGCUGGCCGCCCUCGUGGCGCUCCGCAGGCUCCGCGCGAAAGCGCCGCCAAACCCGGCUCCCCAGGCCGCGGCUCCGGCUCCCCGCCACGCCGGCCUUAAGGAGAGGCUCCUGCGCGUAGUGCGCGCCCUGGGUCUCCUGCGCUGCCUGCAGCUGCCGCGGCGGCGGCGGCGGCCGGCCGGCGAGGGCCGGGGGGCGGGGCCGCGGGCGGCCGCGGGGCGGGGUCACGGGCCGGGACUGCGGCGACGGCAAGUGCUGUGCCUGGCGGGAGUAGCGGGACUGGGGGGACGGCCCAGGGCUCCCCCUAGCGGCGACUCGAGCUCCCCACAGUUUGCGAAGAGCUCAGCUCCGGGAGACUCUUCUGAGGAUGAGGAUCCGACUCCGGAUUCCAACCCCAGGAUCCACAGGACUGGGAGGGCGUCGAGCAGUCGGAGCUCAGAGGAAGCGUCCACGGACGCCCCACCCGGGGAGGGGCACGUUUUUCCUUGUGCAGGAGCUUCGGGGGACAGUGAGGGGCGCGGGGCGAGUGGAGAAAAUGUGGCCGGGCCCUGCCGAGGCUCUCUCCUCGGCCCUACUCCCCACGACAAGCCCCUACUCGACGAAAGCGGCUCCAGCAGCGAAGCGGAGCCCGAGAGCUUGGGGGCCGAGGCUCCGGUCCACUGGGCUCAGAGCUCAGAACCCCGCGAGGACCCUGGGCUUGGCACCAACGCGCUGCUGCCCCGACUCACCUUGGAGAUUCGCCUGCUGUGGGAGAGAAGCCCGGGCCCCUGUGGGUCCCCGAGGGAGCGGUGGGAGCCAGAGGAUGAGACGGAGGAGGACCUGGAGCUGAGCCUGGGGCCGGGCGUGGCGGAGCCGCCCUUACUGGGCGCUGAGGGCGGGAGUCUUGGGGAAGGCCUGGAAGACACGGAGGACCUGGCUCGGCUGCGACCAGUGUGUAACAGCUCUGUGCUGCGGUGCCUCAAGAAGAGAUUUCAUCUGGGCCAAAUCUACACCUUUGGAGGGCCUCUUCUGCUCUCUCUGAACCCCCGCCGGCCCCUGCCUCUCUUCUCAGCUGAGGUCCUGGCCAGCUACCACACCAAGAAGGCCCCUAACACCACCCCACACAUCUUGGCCAUCAUGGUAUCGGCCUAUAGCCGGUCUCGGAGUACUGGGCAGGGCACGUGCAUUCUCCUCGGGUGAGCCCUGUCAGCCCCUCCCUCAUGCAGUGAGCACAGUGGCUCAGGGAAGACAGAAGCUGCCCAAAAGAUCGUGCAGUCCCUAAGCAGCCUGGAGCAGGAACACGCAAGGGACCGAAGAUGUCAACUGGAUGGUGUGCUGCUCAUACUCAGCAGCUUUGGCCACGCCAAGACAGCCCUCAAUGCCAACGCCAGCCGCUUCGGCCAGGUCUUCUGCCUCCACCUGCAGCACGGGGUCAUCGUGGGAGCCUCUGUGUUACAUUAUCUGCUUGAGACCUCAAGGGUGGUGUUUCAGGCCCAGGCUGAGCGGAGCUUCCAUGUUUUUUACGAGUUGCUGGCGGGGCUAGACCUUGCGGAACAGGAGCAGCUCUCCCUACAGGGGCCAGAGACCUACUACUACCUCAACCAGGGCCAGGCCUGCAGUCUCCAGGGCAAGGAUGAUGCCCGGGACUUCGAAGGACUGCGGAAGGCCCUGCAGGUCAUGUGCCCCGAGGAGGUGACCACCGCCUGGGCUGUGCUGGCCGCCAUCCUGCACCUGGGCAACAUUUGCUUCUCCUCCUCCGAGCGGGAGUCCCAGGAGGUGGCUGCCGUGUCCAUCUGGGCUGAGAUCCACACGGCAGCCCGGCUGCUGGUGGUGCCACCUGAACGCCUAGAGGGGGCUGUCACCAGGAGGGUCACGGAGACACCGUAUGGCUGCGUCUGCAGGUCUCUGCCGGUGGAAAGCGCCAUUGAUGCCAGGGACGCCCUGGCCAAGGCCCUGUGUUCCCGGCUUUUCACCUGGCUUCUGACGAGGAGCAAUGAGAAGCUGGCAGCUCCCGGGGAGGGAGAGAGCGUGGAUAACGUCACUGUCGUGGACAUCUACGGCUUUGCGGCCCUGUGGGUGAACGGCCUGGAACAACUGUGCAGUAACCUCGCCAGCGAGCGUCUGCAGCUCUUCUCCAGCCAGAUGCUGCGGGCCCAGGAGCAGGAGGCCUGUCGGCGAGAGCUGCUGCCCUGGGUGCCCGUUCCCCAGCCUGUGCGGGACACCUGUCUGGACCUCCUAGACCAGCCCCACAGCCUCCUGAGUAUCCUGGAUGCCCAGACAGGGCUGUCCCAGGCCACAGACCACACCUUCCUCCAGAAGUGUCACUUCUACAUGUGUUUUCUUCAUGGCAAUCACCCCUGCUACGCCAAGCCCCAGCUGCCCCUUCCGAUCUUCACCGUGAGUCAUUACGCUGGGCCUGUCACCUACCAGGUUCACAAAUUUAUAAACAGAAACCGGGAUCAUCUUGACCCUGCCGUGGUGGAAAUGCUUGCCCAGAGCCGUCUCCAGCUUCUGGGCAGCCUGUUCCAGGAAGCAGAGUCCCAGUCCAGGGCUGGGCCAGGCAAACCCACACUGGCCUCUUGCUUCCAGCCUUCCCUGGAGGACCUCCUAGCCCAGCUGGGCAGGAGCCAUGUCUAUUUCAUUCAGUGCCUCAACCCCAACCCAGGAAAGCUUCCGGGCCUCUUUGACGUGGGACACGUGGCUGAGCAGCUGAGCCAGGCCAACAUCCUGGAGGCGGUGUGUACCCGCAGUGCCAACUUCCCUGUGCGCCUGCCCUUCCAGGCUUUCCUGGCUAGGUUCCGGGGCCUGGACACAGAGGCGCAGGGAGAGUCCUCUGACCGCGAGAGGUGUGGCGCCAUCCUGAGUCAGGUGCUGGGGCCCGAGUCACCCCUCUGCCACCUCGGGGCCACCCAGGUCCUGCUGCGGGAGCCGGGCUGGCAGCAGCUGGAGCAGCACUGGGCCCGGCGACGCUCCCAGGCCCUGCUCAGCCCGCACCUCGGCCUGCACACCUGCAUCUCUCGCCAGCGCCUCGGCGGCCUCCUCCUGCCGCGGAUGCAGGCGCAUGUGCGAGGGCUUCAGGCCAGGAAGCAAUACCUCCAGCGGCGGGCAGCUCUGGGACAGCUGAACAGCGUCCUGCUGGUGGCCUGGCCCCUGCUCCGGAGGCGACAGAGAUUGCAGCUUGGGCCUCGGUGUGGCUGGCACAGUGGCCCAGCCUCCAAGACAGCGCCAAGCAUGGAGCUGGGGCGCUUGGAGAUCCCGGCUGAGGUGGCCGUCAUGCUAAAGACAGCAGAAGGCCAUCACCAUGCCUUGGUUGGGAGCAUCACCGAGUCCAUGCCCCCUGAAGUUCCUGCCCGGAGCAGCCUGACCCUCCCACCCGACAUCGACCAGUUCCCGUUCUCCAGCUUCAUCUCCACUAACUUUCAGGAGCCAGCCCUGCCCAGCCCUGGGCAGCCGCUGGCCAAGCCCCUGACCCGGCUGGAUGGUGAAAACCCUCAGCAUGCCCUGGAUAUCAACAAGGUGAUGCUGCGGCUCCUGGGGGAUGGGUCCCUGCCCCCCUGGCAGGAGCAGAGCAUGGGCGAAUACCUGGUGCGACAGGGCCAGCGCCGGCCAGGGCUGCGGGACGAGCUCUUCAGCCAGCUCGUGGCCCAGAUCUGGCACAACGCGGACGAGCAGCAGAACCAGCGCAGCUGGGUCCUCAUGGCCAUCCUGCUCAGCGCCUUUCCCCCCAUGCCCACCCUACAGAAGCCACUGCUGAAAUUUGUGUCCAACCAGGCCCCCAGAGGCAUGGCAGCGCUGUGUCAGCACAAGCUGCUGGGGGCCCUGGAGCAGACGCAUCUGGCUCCUGGGAUGGCACGGGCCCACCCCCCGACCCAGCUCGAGUGGACCGCCGGGCGGCGGCGGGGCCGCAUGGCUCUGGACGUCUUUACCUUCACUGAGGAAUGCUACUCAGCCGAGGUGGAGUCCUGGACCACGGGGGAGCAAUUCGCUGGGUGGAUUCUGCAGAGCAGAGGCCUGGAGCUGCCCCCCCGUGGCUGGUCCGUGUCACUGCACUCCGGGGACUCCUGGCAGGAUUUGGUGGGCUGUGACUUUGUGCUGGACCUCAUCGGCCAGACUGAGGACCUGGGGGACCCAGUCAGUCCCCACAGCUACCCCAUUGCCCCCCGUGGCUUCGCUGAGGCCAUCCCCCCCGCCCCUAGCAUCCAGGCCCCUCCAUUGCCCCCAGGUCCACCCCCGGGGCCAGCCCCAGCACUACCCAGCAGGAGCCAGUCAGGGGAGUCUCAGACCUCAGGGAACCUGGAUGGCUUCCUGGACCACCUCUUCCAGCCAGUCCUCUCCCCGGGCCACAGCGAUCUGGAGCAAGGCUGGGCUCUGAGCAGCCGCAUGAAGGGAGGGGGCGCCAUUGGGCCCAUGCAGCAAGGCAGCUACCCCAUGGUUUACCCAGGGAUGAUGCAGAUGCCCGGAUACCAGCCAGCCAUGAUGCCAGCCCCUGUGCCCAUGAUGCCAGCGAUGGGCGCAGUCCCUGCCGUGCCAGCCAUGGUGGUGCCGCCGCCGCAGCCGCAGCCCCUGCUUCCCAGCGUGGACCCGAGGCAGCUGGUGGCCCAGCAGCAGGACUUCAUCACCCAGCAGGCGCUGAUCCUGGCCCAGCAGAUGACCGCCCAGGCCAUGACCUUGUCGCUGGAGCAGCAGACACAGCAGCGCCACCACCAGGCUCAGGCUCAGCCUCAGGCCCGGGCCCCCGGAGCUGCCUCGCCGAGCUCACCCCCAGCCGUCGCCCCCAAGCCCAAGAAGCCCCUGGCCCCACGCGGGGAGCCAGAGCAAGAGCUGAAAUCAGUGGGUGCCUGUCUGAGGGGAGGAGCCGAGGCCGGGCAGGAGACCUCACAGGAGGCCCAAGAGAAGCCCCAGCGGCCCAGGAGCUUCCAGCAGAAACAGGACUAUUUCCAGAAGAUGGGGCAGCAGCAGAUCAAGGUGAAGACAGUGAAGCCUCCACCCAAGGUACAGAUCCCCCAGGAGCAGGAACAGGAGGAGGAACAGGAGCAGGAGGAGAAUCCAAGAGCAGUGCCAUCCCCCCCACCUCCCCCCAUAGUGAAGAAGCCACUGACACGAGGUAGAGCCAAAGGGGUACAAGAGGCCGAGGCUGAGCCGGCGGCCCCAGGGGUGGGGCCUGGUGGUCACCCUGAGCCAGCCCCCCAACGGCGGGCAGAACCGAGCAGGGAGAUUCGCAACAUCAUCCGCAUGUACCAGAGUCGCCCGGGCCCCGUGCCCGUGCCCGUGCAGCCAUCCAGGAAGCCCCCACAAAGUUUCCUGAAGAAAAACAACCCUAAGGAUGAGGCUCUGGCUAAGCUGGGGAUCAGCGGUGCCCACGUGCGCACGCCAUCCCCCAGCUCAGGGAAGGGCCUCCCACCAGCUGUGGCCCCUCGCCCCAAGCUCCCGCCACAGCUUGGGCCCUCCAGCUCCACCAAGGAGAACCAGGGUCUCUCUGGCCAGACUCCGCCUGCUGCCCGGGCACCGUCCCCUCCACCAGCGCCCCCGCUGCCUCUGCCUGAGGAACCAGGGACCCCUUCAGCUGGGCCCCGCGGCUGGAUGGAGCCCAUGGAGGACCAGGGAGUCUCCACCCAGCUGCUCGUGCCUUCCGGCAGUGUGUGCUUCUCCUACGUCAACCCGCCCUGGAGGUUGUUCCUACGCAAGGAGGUGUUCUACCCCCGGGAGAACUUCAGCCACCCCUACUGCCUCAGGCUCCUCUGUGAGCAGAUCCUGAGGGACACCUUUGCCGAGUCCUGCAUCCGGAUCUCCCAGGAUGAGCGGAGCAAAAUGAAAGAGCUGCUGGGAGACCUGGAGGUGGGUCUGGACUCGCUCAACACCACUGAGGACAGUGUCAAGAAGCGCAUCGUGGUGGCCGCUAGGGACAACUGGGCCAAUUAUUUCUCCCGAAUUUUCCCUGUCUCGGGUGAGAGCAGCAGUGACGUGCAACUGCUGGGCGUGUCCCACCGGGGACUGAGACUGCUCAAGGCGACCAAAGGCCCCGACUUCCACCCGAACCAGCUGAAGACUCUGUGCUCAUACAGCUUUGCUGAGGUGCUGGGCGUGGAGUCCCCGCGCAGCUCCACCCUGGAGCUGUCACUGAAGAGUGAGCAGCUGGUGUUGUACACGGCCCGGGCGAGUGCCAUCAAGGCCAUGAUUGAGCUGUUCCUAAGUGAGCUCAAGAAGGACUCCGGCUACGUCAUCGCCCUGCGAAGCUACAUCACCGAUGACCACAGCCUCCUCAGCUUCCACCGUGGGGACCUCAUCAAGCUGUUGCCAGUGGCCUCGCUGGAGCCCGGCUGGCAGUUUGGCUCCACCGGGGGCCGUUCUGGACUCUUCCCUGCCGACAUAGUUCAGCCAGCUGCUGCCCCAGACUUUUCCUUCUUGCCAGAGAGGAGUGGCCGGCACAAGAGUCAGCUGCAGCACAGAGAGCCAGGGCUGGCUCAGUGGGAGAGGGCAGCGGAGCGCCAUGCCCGCCCCCGGAGCCAGGCACACAGCGAUGACUCUGUAGCCUCCAUCUCUCUGUCCACGGACUCGCGCCACUACACCAUGCAGGAAUUUGCCCUGUACCACUUCCGGAAGCCCCAGACCUUGCUGGACCACACCGGGGGAGAUGCUAAGAAGGCCAUGGCCGGCCUGGUGCAGUACAGCAAGGCUCCCAUACGAGAAUCGCUCAUCAGCCUCAGUGAUGAGGACACAAACAGGCAGGCUGUGGAAAGCUUCCAGGCUCUGAUGCAAUUUAUGCGGGACCAGCCUAAGCCCCGGGGCAAGAAUGAGAUGGACCUCCUUUAUGACCUGCUGAGGUUGUGCCGAGAGAAGGAGAACCUCAGGGAUGAGAUUUACUGCCAAGUCAUCAAGCAGGUCACCAGACACCCUCGGCCGGAACACUGUGCUCGUGGCUGGAGCUUCCUCAGCCUCCUGACAGGCUUCUUUGCCCCGUCAGCCACGCUGAUGCCCUACGUAACCAAGUUUCUGCAGGAUUCAGGCCCAAGCCAAGAGCUGGCCUGGAACAGUCAGGAACACCUCCAGCGCACAGUCAAAUAUGGGGGGCGCCCGCAGCUGCCCUCCCCAGGCGAAACUCAGGCUCUCCUGAAAGGGCAAGGAAUCCGCUCGCUUAUAAUUCACCUGCCAGGGGGUAUGGAUUACCAAACCAGUAUCCGGACUUUCACGGUGGUGGCAGAAGUGCUGGAGGAGCUAUGUCUGCAAAUGGGCAUCACGGACCCCCAGGAAGUGCAGGAAUUUGCCCUCUUCCUCAUCAAAAAGGAAGGCGAGCUGGUGCGGCCCCUGUGGCCCCAUGAGUACCUCAACAACGUGGUGGAUCAGGACAUAAGCCUGCACAGCCGGCGGCUCGGCUGGGAGACCCCACUGCACUUCGAUAACCCCACCUACAUCACCACCCACUACAUGCAGGUGCUGCAGGACUACCUACAGGGGAAGCUGUUGGUCAGCCCCCAGGCCAGCACCCGACUCGCCAGGCUGGCUGCCCUGCAGCACCGUAGCAAGCCCCAAGAGGACCAAGAGGACCACCUGUCGGAGCGAGACCUGCUGGCUUACUUGCCAAAGCCGCUGCAAUCGAAGGUGAACAUAGCCAUCAUAAAGAACCUGAUGGACCAGGAGCUGAGGCAGCUGCAAGUCUGCAGCUCCCAAGAAGCACAGAUCAACUUCAUCGAGGCUGUGAGCCAGCUGCCCCUCUUUGGCUACACUGUCUAUGUGGCGCUGCGGGUGAGUCAACUGGCCCUGCCCGGACCCAGCCUCCUGGGACUGAACCGCCAGCAUCUCAUCCUCAUGGACCCCUACAGCCAGAAACGGUGCUGCUCCAUCGCCCUGAGGGACCUGCACCGGCUCCACCUGCUGAGCCCCCUGGAGAGUAGGGGGCCCCCUGGCCUGGAACUCAACUACGGCUCUGCUGACAGCCCCCACACCAUCUGGUUUGAGCUGCCCAAGGCCCAGGAGCUGAAGUACACCAUCACCUUCCUGCUGGACAGCAGCCUUGCUUCCAACUAGCGGCCGGCCUCACCCAAGAGGAAUGGAGGAGGGGAGGAGAUGAGGAAGGGGCCCCCUCCCAGGUCCAAGUCUGACAGGGAAGGGCUCCCUUGGGUGCUGUCAGGCCAUUUUGGUUUGGACUUCCCCACUUGGCUGUUCUGGAACCUGCCACAGCACAGCGCUGCUGGCCCACGUGGAGGCCACGAGGCAGGAGCUGCUCCAGUGACAUCAGCUGAGAAAGCAGCAGGACUCCCCCUGGGGGGGCUUGGAGCGGGGGCUGCAGGAACUCGCUUGGGCAUCUGAUGCUGCCCAGGCUGGGGAAGGGGGGGGUGCCCAGCUGGCCCCAGGCCCCGGCUCAACAUCAGCACGAAUCCAGGCCUGGGGGAAGCAAACGGUGAGGAAAUAAAACUCUCAAGAGAA